GAUAUUUCCAUUAACAUUAGCAAAAAAAUGAGGUUAUUCCGAUGGAUACUUUCAUUUUCCCUUUAACCUUAAUGGAUAUGGAAGAAGAAACUGUUAAAAACCUUCCUUGCGAGGACACCGUAUGGUUUAUAGAAAGGAUUAUGGACGAUGGGGAGGGUUAUUUGCGGGUUGUUGAUAAACAUUCUAAAGAAAUUGGACAAAGUCACCAAGAUGUUACAGGUCAUUUACCAGAUGACGUUCUCCAUUGUUUUGUGAAAACUUGUUUACUGCCAUGUAAAGCCCCUGCACGUCGGCCAAGACAUGUUGUUCUCCGGAGUGAAAAACUGGAUCGGUUCACCAAAGAUCCUUAUUUAUCAGAAAAAUUUCACCACUUUGGUGUAGCACUGGUAGGUUCCACUGCUACAAUUUCAUUAGAACAUAAUAUCAGAUGGAGGGAAUGCCAUUUUUGUCACAUGCGUGCAGAUCAACGACUUCUAUUCUUCUGUCCGCUGUGUCGUGCUGUCCUCUACUGCUCAUCAGAAUGUCAGAGUCAGGACACACAGGGCUGCUCUAGUCAGUCUCAUGGCUUCUGGUGCCCAAAGUUCCACUCCUACAUGAAUGAUACAACAACCAUUUCCAAAUUCCCUUUUGAAUUUUCACAAGAGACUUGCUCAUCAGAUUUUGAUGAGACCCGAUACAGAGCAUUUCUGAAGGAUAAGGGUGUAUUUGGAGAAGGAUGUUGGUCGAGAGAAGGAUGUCUUCCUAUGGAUGAAGUACAAACUUAUCGCUAUGGUAAACACCUGGAUUUAGAUAAUCCUUAUGUUCUUCCUGUGGAGUCCUGUGUUUUAGAUGACCCUGUUCCUGUGGAUUCGUGUUCGUCUGUUGUGGAUUGGAGUUCGUAUUACAGGUGUAGAGGGCUGGACUGGUCUUCUCCUGUAGCUGUCCUCCUACAGUGGCCCCUGACAACGUUCUACAUUAUCAAAUACUUGCUCAAUGUUCAGAAUGUGAUCAAUCACCAUGACAACCAAAUCAACAUAGAUAUCGUUGGAGUUGAAAAAGAAGUGGAACUUAUUCCCGUAUUCAAAGAGCUGGGAUACCUACUUAAUGACUGUGCUCUAGAUAUACACAUGUUUGGGAGACAUUUACACCACACAGUGAAGGAAAGAUCCUGGACUCUGUCCAAUGUAACCGUGACAGUUCACAAUCAGUUCUAUCAUAAACAUGCCUCGCAGGAGAGGACCCCAAGUCUUGUUAUUGGUUUUAAUGCUGGCUUGGCUGCUUAUUCAUCAUGGAUUCCAACGAUGAAUAAAUUAAAGGACACGAAAACCCCUACAUAUUUCACAGACUACUGCAGAUCCAGUAUUGAGCUGUCAGAGAUGAUGUUGCAGGACCAUUGCGGGAUCGGUAUCUCAGCCCCCGUGUUGAACCCCUUCAGGUCUCCCAUCAGAAGAAUUAGUAGUGAUCAUGACCUGCCAUGGUUCAGCAAUGCCUAUAUAUAUUGUUUAGAAUACACAUGAUUCAAUAUU